CGCACGAAAUGUCUGGUCUUCCACCCCGACCCGACUUUGUACCGCCUCUUCCUCCUCCACGUCGUGCCGACGAUGUCUCACCGCGUCCCGACCGUCUUCAUUCCGACCGUGACCGCGAACGGCGAGACCGCGACCGUGAUUUCCGCUACCGUGAACCCACUCGAGGGAGACCCGUCCUUGACACUUAUAUUCCAGGUGGAUCGUCCACGGUAGACACCUACAUGCCUUCGCCUUCGUCUUCGCGUCGUCCAGCACCAUUCUCUGGCUCUUAUAUUGCGGACACGUACAUACCUCCAUCAGAACGAGACGCACCACGGUUUCGCGAGAGGAGUCCUCCACCUAGAAUCAGCCCCCCUCCGCGGUAUAGAGAGAGGAGUCCUCCUCUGAGAGCAAGAUAUCCUUCGCCUGAUAGAGACAGGGAUAGACGGCCUCCAUACGUAGACAGGAUGAGGGGUGGACCGCCUUCCAGGGAUGCUUCUCCUGACAGGGAGAGGGAUAGACGACCCCCAUUCAUCGAAAGAAUGAGAGGUGGUCCGCCUCCGAGAGAUGUAACACCAGACAGAGAGAGGGACAGACGCCUCUCGUAUGUUGAGAGGAUGAGAGGCGGCCCAUCCUAUAGGGACGAUUGGAGGACGAGAGAGGACAAACUGCUUCCUCGUGCUCGAGGUCCUCCACCGCCUCGUGAUAGAAGAGAUUAUGACAGGAGGGAACGAUCUCCGGAGAGACCUGCUCCUUACUAUGAUAGUCGUGUCAGCAGGAGAUCGCGUUCGCCUGCACGCCGUUCACCUCCCCGCCGCUCUGCCUCUCCACCUCCACGGUACCGUCCUCGACCCUCUUCACCUGGCCCAAGUGCCCGUUAUGUGUCCCGACCAAACUCCCCGGCGAAAUCCGACCGAAGAUUCGAACCUAGAAGCCCCCCUUCACCUCGUUCGCCAACUUCACCCUCUCCCCCACCUCGCAAAAAGCAUUCUCUUCCAAAUAGAGAUGAUCUUCCCAGUCCUCGACCACGAAGUCCUUCUCUUAAGGCUUCUCAGCCGGGACGUCUUUUGUCUUCCCCAUCUAAUACACAAAGAGAUGUAAACGGUCAAAAAGCCACGCUACCUACACCUCUUUCUCCCAGCCCACGCCGCUCACCUUCUUCACCUCCCUCACCUCCCUCAAUAAACCGCAGCAACCGCGUCUCACCUGCCCCAUCUCACCCCACCACAUCCACGGAACGGUCCUCCAUUCCAACUCAACCUCGCGAUAAAGGCAAGGCCAAACAGGAACCUCAAACCGACGCCGACGGAGACAUCAAAAUGGCAAACCGUGGGCCUCCUGUACCAGUACAGCCACGCGGCAUCCAAGCGCGCUCACCACCAAGACAACCUCGCGACUUCAACCGCGAACGUGAGCGCAGACGCUCUCGCACGCCACCCACCGGUCCUCGCCACCUUCUCCGCAACCCAACAAACCCUGCAAAUUAUCCUGUUGCACCCCAGACGUCGCAACCUUUCCAGCUCCCUCCAACGAAUUGGACGCCUGCCGUACCGGACCAGACCGGUGGCAGGCGCGGUGGAAGGUCGACACCGACGGGUCCUAGAUCGGAGAUGGCUGCUGGUUCUUUUGGUUCGUCUCAACCUGCUGCACCAGUGGCUCCGACCGCUGGGUACGAGGUCAAGAUUGAGCCGAAAGUCGAGCCAAAGGAGGAGAAGCCCGAAAUCCCACCACCGAUGCCAACGAAGCUUGAAGUUGACUUCUCUGACCUACCGAUGCCUGCCAUCCCAACGUACAACCCCCGCCCACUGGAGUACCCCAGCGGCAAGUUCGUUCGACAAUGGGAGAAUGAGCUGGGUGCCAUUCAUAAUAUGCGUCUACGCGCCACCGAUGAGUGCAUGAAAGAGAGCAAGGCUGCGUUGCGGGCGGCUAUGGAGUGCGAGCUUGUCCUUCCGGAAUUUACGCUUGCGAGGGAAAGAAGGAUUGUGGCGGAUGCGCAGAUGGAGAGGGCGAGGGAGGGCAAGUUGGGGAUUGAUGCGAUGGCCGUUCCGCCGGUGCAGUGAGCGAAUUCGCGAGUACGGCGCGGGGAUGUCCACUGCUCAGAUCAAGCUGAAUUUGAGUGAUGAUAUUUGUGUACAUGAAUAUGCGAAUGCUUAGGCAAACAAGGUGGUUCGAGCAAGGAGAGCUAUGACUUGGGCAGGGGUGUGCACUCCAUAUGUGUCCGUGUUGGAUCCAUUGGUAGCGCGCAAAAAAAGCCUUUUGCCGUCAUUUUCUCAAAUAGCUUCGUGGAUUGCAUUUGCAGCCAUAUACAGUCUGGACCUUCACCGUCCUUUCCAACACGACAAAUCUCGGAUUUCUCUGCUCCUCGUUCACUGUCGAACGUAUACUUUGCUGCCGGUGCUUGCGCAAUAAAUUUGUCGAGCGUCUCCUGUGGGUUAUUUUCCGGCAUAUUGUCUUUGGGUUUGUUGGAGGAAGAGGAUGA